AUGAUGAGGAAUCCAAUAUCCGACCAGCUGAGGAGGAUGCAGGAGGUUGUAAACAUGCACCAACAGAUGGAAAUGACUGAGGAGCUAAAUUGGGAUCUUCCAAAGAAUUUAAGGUACUCCCCCUUGAUGGUAUUUGAGAUUGUUCCUGCUAGGAGAUGGAAGAGUUAUCCAAGGGAUCAACCCAUUUAUGAAAGAUAUGCUAGAGUUGACGAUGUCUCUACAGAACAAGGUGGUGAUGAAGGAGGUAAUAUAGAUACAGUGGAUUCCAAAGAGGGAGACAAUACUGGUAAAACAGGCUCAGUUGAUACUUCGAGUAGUAGUUAUGAUGAGGAAUCCAAUAUCCGACCAGCUGAGGAGGAUGCAGGAGGUUGUAAACAUGCACCAACAGAUGGAAAUGACUGA